GGAGCUCCUGUUCUGCGCAUCGUCACGCCGCACGGCACCCACAGGCAAAACGCGAGACACGCCAGCAAACUCAUGUUUAUCGCUUGAGAUGCGCCCACACGUCAUUCCCACCACGCAACUUCUUUCUACACACUACAUCCUAAGCUGAGCGCGUUCGCAGCCACUUUCCUCGCCUUACAACUCACGGAGCGCCCUCACAGCCACCAUGCCCCCAACCACAGGCACCCGAACGUCUACGAGACAAGGGCGGGCUACGGUCCGACCUACAAACUACUAUGCGCGCACCUUCGCCGGCCGGCUCGCAGCGAGCGGGAUGGAGCAGACGCCCGAAGCUUCCAACAGCGCGCCCGGCUUCCUGCCUGCCCUCACACACUUUACAGGCGCCGUCGACGCAUUCCCAAAGGAGAUAAUCAAGCAUUUCUCCAUGUUCAAGGAAGUCGAGGCGAAACUCCACGACCCAGAGCAGAUGCUCACGGAGCUGCUUGACGAGAUCGCCCAGCAGCCUGCCACCACCAAGGCGCAGCUGGCGGCUAUAGAACAGGCUUCUACAGCAUCCGAAAACAAUACCAGCCUCAACCCAUCCAACCCCGAUAACCUCUCUCCAGAAGAGCACGCAGCGAUCCAGAAGCGCCAGCUCUUCUUUCGCCUCCGAAUGCGCAUCGCCAACAUGCUCCCCACGCUCGACGAGAAGCUGGUAGUGCUCCAGGGCGCCAAAGCCACCAAAGACAAGGGCCUCAUGCGCAUGCACCACUCCUUCUCCCAGCUCGACGGCGAAAUCAGCGACGAAGCGCGAUACGGCAGCCUCACACACUGGGCAUACGCGGACAAAGAAGAGAAGAAAAAGGGCGGCCCAUCCCACGAGCGACAACGGCGCGAGGUGGCUGCGGCGAACAAUUUGGCCGCGGCAGCGCAGCAUGUGCAUGACGUCGACUCAAUCGCUGCGAAGAGCGAGGCCAGACGCGAGGCCAUGCAGGCCAACAAGCGUAGUCGACAUCACCAGGUCGAUUCUGACUUCGACGACCGACCCGCGAAGAAGCCACAGAAGAGGAAGCCCAUGCCUGCAGAGACAGCAGGGCCAGACAGCAGGAACCUCGGGUUGGGCAUCUCGAGCAAUGGCGCAGGUCCGCACGGCAAGCGGAAGAAGACCGAAAAGGCCCUCGCUGCAGCGGCACCGGCUGCCCCGGCCAUGGAGCGAUCAAUAAGCAGUGCUCUGAAAGCUACAAGUAACGGAGUACGAGGUGGCUCAAGCCCACGGGGUACCCCAGGUCCAGAGAGCGGUGCAGCGAAACGCAAACCUCGUGCCGCUCCCGUACCUGCGCAACGCAAGAACCCGCUUCCGCCGUACUCGCCCCCAAUGGCGUCGUCGCCCCUAGCCGCCAAUUUUGCCAUCAACAAAGCAAUUGCCGGUGCGUCGGAUCGACCGUUAUCUGCCCGUGCGCGCAAGAACUCCACAGCCAACUCGGUGGCGUCGCUCAAAGACCAAGAGGCUCCUGCGGCUCGGCGCCCCUCAUCUUCUCAUUCCGUACAACAGGCCGCUAGUAGCAAUGUCAUUACAGAGAUUGAGCAGGCUGCUGGGACUGUGCGGGACAAUACUUCGGUAAAGGGCGCGUCAACUCCAAAGGAGAGCGCAGAGGUCCCGCCGCCCUUUGACACAUCCAACAUGAAGUUGGAAGACUUGGGACAGCCUGAGCCAGAGAGUAUGGACAUUGAUCCUCCUGUACCGGCAGCAGCCUCUGCAAGGCCUGGUCGCACUUCAAAAACUGCGACACCUGUCAUUGGCGCGUUCCCAGAGAUAUCAAUGGCGAGAAGCCGCAGCAGUCGCAACGCGAACAAUGGUAACUCCAACUCGAACACCUCAUCCGAAAACAACAGCACCACAGGCGCCGGGUCGAAACGAGGCCACAAAAAGAACACGCAACCGACUACUGUCACUGCCUCCCCCGCCAUGAAACCCGUUCCCAACGUGAAAUCGAACCCUCCGUCCUCCGCCGCAAGCUCUGUCGCACAAGAACAAGAAUACCAAGAAGCCGAGGUAGAAGCCGAGGCCGAAUCGGAGGCGGAAGAGGACGGCGAUGAGCCCCGAUACUGCUACUGCAACGAAGUGUCAUAUGGCAACAUGAUCGCGUGUGACAACGACGACUGCCCCCGAGAAUGGUUCCAUCUUGCUUGCGUGAACCUUGACAAACCACCCACUGGUCGGACCAAAUGGUUCUGCAGCGACGAGUGCAAGGAGACGCACACCAAGACCAAGGCCAAGGGGGGUCGUCCAGGCAGUAGUAGACAAUAGGAAUUAGGAAGGAGUUCAAGGCGUUCUAGGACGGGUCCAGCGGGAGCUGGGUCUAGGCAAGGCCCGAAGGGUAAGGGCAAGGCUAGGUUAAAUCUCUGGGAUGGUUGGAAUGCUCUGUAGAGGGGGCUUCCAACCGCGGUUUGCAUUUCUUUGUAUUCUUGUGUGGGUUCCGCGGCGUUGUUUCUCAAGGCCUGGGUAAAUGGCGCAUCUUCUCUCUUAUGAUCAUGAUAUCUGGACCGAUGAUAUCCGCUUUGGAGGACACUGGCGUUUUGCAUCGUCCAGCUCAUGGCAUCGAGAAGCACAGCCCUCGCCUUUACUGGCUACAUUAUUGUAUAUGAGGCAUUACCUUUGCUCUAUUUGUUAGAGCAAGUAGCCCAAUAGCAAAGUACCUACAUGCGUUUACAAGUCUUGUUGCAAGGGAUCUGGAGUGGACGCCAUUCCAGGGGACCUUCCU